AUGUGGUUGGUGGCAGCAGUGGUCUCCCUGUGGGUGGUGCUCAGCACUGCAACGCUGUGCGAAGAGGCGCGUAUGCGCUGCGCUUACCGCAGUGGGUGUGGUGCAGCUCUCAACAACUACAUGAUGCUGUGCAGCGACGUGCUCGCUCAGCCCUCUGACCACUGUCCGAAGGAGUGCGAGCAUGCCCUCAUAGCCCUAACGUCUACUGAAGAGGGAAAGGAAUUAAUGAAUUGCCAGUGUGAAGAUGAAUACUGCGUGGACGCGAAACAGAAGAUCUAUGUGUGUCGGGCGCAGGUUUUGAAGGGAGCUGCCGACGCCACCGCCUCCUGCCGCUUAUCGCAGCUCAUCUGCCAGGCUGAUUCACAGUGUGGCACGGCAUUAGUUUAUUAUAACGACAAUUGUCGCUCAGUUUACCGCGGAAGGAAAUGCUCUAAGAAGUGCCUUAACUCAAUUGAGAUUCUAAGGAAACAAGAGAAGGCCGCCGCAUUAACAGCAUGCAGGUGCGACGGGAAUGAAGAUUAUGAUUGUCCAAGGAUGCAAAGUAAUCUAGCGAAGUUAUGCUUUCACAAACAUUUGAAAAACCACACGAGGAGCCACGAAAGAGGGUAUGAGAGACACCGGAAAACGCAGCACCAUGAAGCGUCUGCAGCGAACAAAUGUAUUAUAUCUGUGAUUAUAAUUUCUUUAUGCCUUCUCUUCAGCUUGAAGUUCAAAUCGUGA